UUCUGAAUUCUGAGUGACAGAGUAUGUUGGCUCUGACUCUGAAUGCGAUGAACCUUGGUCGGAGGGUGUUCCCUCCGGGGCACUUCGUUAACGAUGCUGAGGAUAUUCCGUUUGGGACGUUGUGGUGGUUCGUUUAUGCUGGAGUUUCUUGUUUGCUUGUUGUCUUCGCUGGGAUUAUGUCUGGUCUCACCCUUGGCUUGAUGUCACUGGGACUUGUUGACCUUGAAAUUCUCCAGAGGAGUGGCUCUUCCACCGAGAAAAAACAAGCUGCUGCCAUUUUUCCUGUUGUUCAAAAACAGCACCAGUUGCUUGUAACCUUGCUUCUUUGUAAUGCUUGUGCCAUGGAGGCACUUCCAAUUUACCUUGAUAAAAUUUUUCAUCCUGUUGUAGCAGUAUUGUUAUCUGUAACUUUUGUUCUAGCUUUUGGAGAGGUUAUCCCACAAGCUAUAUGCACAAGAUAUGGGCUCUAUGUUUGUGCAAAUUUUGUGGGGCUUGUACGUGUCCUGAUGAUCAUCUGUUAUCCAAUUGCUUAUCCUAUAGGAAAGGUUCUGGAUGUUUUACUUGGACACAAUGAUGCACUGUUUAGGCGAGCACAAUUGAAAGCCCUUGUUUCAAUCCUUAACCAAGAGGCUGGUAAAGGAGGUGAACUCACACACGAUGAGACAACAAUUAUCAGUGGAGCGCUAGAUCUCACUGCAAAGACUGCAGAGGAAGCUAUGACACCAAUUGAAUCUACAUUUUCCUUGGAUGUUUCUUCCAAAUUGGACUGGGAAGCGAUUGGUAAAAUUCUUACACGAGGUCAUAGCCGUAUUCCCGUAUACAGUGGAAAUCACAAAAAUAUAAUUGGCCUCUUACUAGUAAAAAAUCUUCUUACUGUACGAGCUGAAGCAGAGACUCCAGUUGGUGCUGUUUCCAUCCGAAGAAUUCCUAGGGUUCCAGCAGACAUGCCUUUAUAUGAUAUCCUCAAUGAGUUUCAAAAAGGAAGCAGCCAUAUGGCAGCUGUAAUCAAGGUUAUAAGUGAGAGAAACAACCCUCAGGCUGCUGGUGAUAUUGAGAAAUACAAGGAUGAAGAAGUCAUCAAAUCCAGUUCUCAACUAACUAUUCCAUUUCUGGCCAGGUCUUCUGAGAAAUCAGAGAAUGUUGUCAAUAUUGACAAACCUCCUAAACAUUCUGCUUGCCAACAAUGUCAGAAAAAUGGCACUACAGCAAAUGGUGUCCACCACUUUCCUGAUAAUGCUGAAGAUGGAGAAGUUAUUGGCAUCAUAACCCUGGAGGAUGUUUUUGAAGAACUCCUGCAGGAAGAAAUCGUAGAUGAGACUGAUGUGUAUAUAGAUGUACAUAGAAGAAUACGUGUUGCUGUUGUGGCAGCUGCUUCAUCUGUGGCACGAGAUCCAUCUAGCCGGAAGUUGACAGGUCACAAGUCUAUAGCAGGGGAACCAAACAAGCAGGUGAAAGCUUGACUAAGUUUAUAGAUGAUGACUUACAUUCAAGGAGAGUUUCAGGAUAUCUGAUGGAGUAUCUCCUGGGCAAUACAACAUUAGAUUAAAUCAUACUCUUUCUGUAUAAAGUUGUGUGGCCACUGCCACUGGUGCAUUUUGAUGUUAGGACGUUAUAAUAUAGCUUGGAGAUGUAGGUCAUGCUUUUUUUUAGUCUUUUUUAUAAAAAUGUAGG